GCACGGACAUAACCAAGCUAAUCCCGUAAUCUCUCCCCUCACUUCAUCAUUCUUCAAGCACAUUCGCAUGUAUGUUCCGCACAUUACCCUUACCACAGAUUAAGAUCUCAUACUACCCAAUCGAGCUUUUUCAGAGCUCAUGCCUCUAACACCACGCAUUCUGACCCAUCCAUCAGCAACGGGCAGAUUCGUUCAAAAUCGUAAUUACGACAUUCAUAACCUCCAUAUCAAACCCCCGGGCUGGCACUCUACCUCGGUUCCCAGAUACCCUCGCAUCAAGGAGAUCGAGGCCUCAAUUUCGGUCUUCGGUCGCAUUGUCAAAUUUCCCUUCAUCAAUUCGACAUCAGUCUGCGCAGAAAUCCAAAAUGACAGAUGCGACAUACAAUCCCCUCGGUGGUCUAUGGCAACCUACGCAAUUGCAGAAGCUAUACUAUGGCAGCGAGACCGUGGCUGAACACUUGGUCAAAUCACUACCGAGUGAAAGGAGCAAGGCGUUCAUCAUUACCGGUAAUUCGCUCGCGACGAAAACACCCUUGGUCAAGCACGUCGAAGACCUGCUGUCAUCUCGCCACGCCGGCACAUUUUCCAGGAUAGGAGAACAUGCACCCGUAGCCCAACUCGACGAGGCUACCGAACUCGUUGGAAAGGACUCAUCAAUCGACACGGUGAUUUCGAUUGGCGGAGGCAGCCCGAUUGAUUCGGCAAAAGCAAUUAACUACCGUUUGCAUGAGAAGACUGGAAAGUGGCUUUACCAUAUCACCAUUCCAACGACCUUGAGUGCUGGGGAGUGUACUAUGAUGGCCGGCUUCACUGAAUCUAAUGGUGUGAAGACUGGUGUACGAGGGAAAGAGCUAGUUCCCCACAUUGUACUAUAUGAUUCUUCAUUCGCAUUACACACACCUCAGAGGCUAUGGUUGAGUACGGGAAUGAGAGCGAUGGAUCAUGCGGUUGAACUUCUAUAUCAUCCUACCGCGAGCGAGGUGCCGGCUAGGUGGAUGGUGCUACAGGCCGCCCAAAGCUUAUUCACGAAUCUGCCCAAGUAUAAAGAGAACCCGAAAGAUGAGGAUGUAAUUACAAAACUUCAACUUGCGGCUUUUGCAUCUUUGGGAUUCCUAGGAACCAACAUCAAAGGAGGACUAGGCCUUAGCCACGCUCUCGGAUACUCCCUUGGGUCUCCAUAUGGUAUUCCCCAUGGUAUAACUUCUUGCCUAACCCUCGGCCACGUCGUCAAGCUGAAAGCUUCGGAACCAGCGGCUGCUGAGCAGAUUGCCCGACUUAUGCCCUUCCUUGGAGAGAAACCGAGUGGUGAUAAUGAGAAGGAUGCGGAGAAUGUGGGAGAGAAGAUAUUGCAGCUUGUUAGACGAUUGGAUCUGGAUCACGACUUACGGCAUUACAAGGUCGCACAUGAUCAAAUACCGGUUAUUGCGAAGAGAGCAACAGGGCAGGAAGAUGGGGAAUUAUAUUCUAAGGUCGAGGCGUUAGUGAAGGGUUUGUUCUGACUAGGCGGCAAGCUUUAAAUCCAUAUAUUGACACUGACCCAAUCGGAC